AUGAUAUUGACGGAUUUUAGCCCUUCCAAAUAUUUGAUGUCAUUUUUGCCCAGUGAGUUAGCAGAGGUGAUGCCGACAUUCUCUUCUGAAAAUGUUUCUCAAAUACUGAAGGUGUUGAGCAUACUGAGCGAGUCGAAUAUGUCCCGCAACAUGGUGAGCACGUUGCAGAUGUGCGAAGAAAAGGUUGAAGAGGAAGAAGUGAAGAGGUGCAGCACCUCCGUUGAGGGCAUGCUAGAAUUCAUAUUGUCCCUUUUGGGAUCUGACGUGGACCUGCUUAGUGACAUGUCGGUGGUUGGAUCCGGGCAGCAAGUCGUUGUUACCAAGGCGAGUGAAAGGGAGAAUAUCGUCGAGGGUAAGCUGCUCGUGGUGUGUCACAACUUUGUGUUUCCUUACGGGGUGACUUACUGUCAUUCUAUCAAGCGAAGUGAGGUAUUUGACUUCCAGCUGGAGGUUAUGCAGGACAACGGAAAGGUUAAAAGGAACGCUACAGCAGUGUGUCAUUAUUUGUCCGAUGGAGCGGGAGGAAAUCAGACUGCUUGUCAUCCCAUCUAUGGCGAGAUAGCAAGAUAUUACUUUGGACGCCUAAGCCUAAGCGUGGCUAGUUAUUAUUACCUCAUAUGGAUACUUCUUAUUACUAUAUGA